AUGCUUAUUACAGAUCUUCUUAUUUACAACUAUCAUGUCUCUCUUGAAUCUGCAGAGGAAGAGUAUCAAGGACAAACCAAGAGAAAGCGCAUUCGAAGGAAGAAACAAAAGAACAAUUUGCAAAACUCUAAUAAUUUACAUGGAGAACAAACAGAAUCUGGAAUGCAAGAGACUCUUGUUCAAGAUCAUUUACAGCUGCAGCAGAUAGACAAUCCCAAAAUAAGCAAAAACAAAAAGAGGAAAAUGAAAAAGAAGCGACAGAAAGAAAAAUUGAGAGCAGCUGGCCUGGUAACAAAACCUACUGGUGUGGAUUUUACAUAUCAGCCUGACAAAAACAACAGAGAAGAAGCAGCAGGCUUAAAAGACAUCGAUGAAAAGGCAGAUAGCAUUCUGGACUUCCUGCAGGCAACACAACAAAUUUAUUUUGCUGACA